UGCCACGUCGAAAGCAUUGGUUGGGCGCCUCCUUCUCCCCCAUGUCCUCUGCCUCGAGCGUCUCCUCCUCCCACUCCAGCGCCGCCGCUACCCUCGGCCCCCCCUCUCUCUAUCCAGUGGUGUCGCCUCUCCUCCCCUGUACGUGCGCCACCGCCCCUCCGCCUCCUCCUACCUGUCACCGCCUCGCCGCUGCAGCCAUCCCCAAGGUGAGAAAGCUAUCAAGGCUAGGGUUCACCGGAAAGGAAGGGAAAAAAUCCCCAUUCCCUCCGGCGUCUCUUACGCCCCGCUGCCCGCCUACUCUUCCUUCCGGAAGUAUCGUCUUCAUCCUCGACGCAGAAGGAUAGCACAGACUGCAGAGAUGCCCUGCCGCCAUGCUCCUUUUCGCUGAUCCCCUUCCACCAGAUUGGCUGAUGAGGGGAGGUCCAAUAGGUCCAUGGUGGGGAUGGAGCAACGAGGCCGGAGACCCAGGCGACAGAUGCCUCAUGGGUAGAGGAGAGGUUGACAAUACGGACAAGGAGCAACAGUGUCAUAUGGAUCUGCAGGGAGGUAUCUUCGAGGGAUGGCUGGUGUCAAUAUUUGUGUUGAUAUGCCCUACAUAUCGGUUUCAUCGUCCAAGCACCUUCUGCAGAAAGAAAGAAAAAGGCUUUCAACAAUUACAGUCAGGGCAGUCUGCUAAUUGUAUCAGCAACAUAUACUGCACCGUGGACCACCGGGUCAAGAACUCCAGCUUGGAAAAGUACCUUUAUCAUGCACUACUCAAUGACAGCUACCCAAAUGCUAAGAAUAACAGAGAUUUCAAAUGGACUACACAUACGGAUGUAUAUAGACAUAUUUUAGAGUGUAGAUUCACUCAUCUGCAGCCGCCGAUAACUCCGACCCUGAGCUCCAUCCGUCGCUGCCCCCUACCCCGUCCGCCUGCCCCGGAGUCGCAGCCGUGGAUAGCCCCAUCAACCGCAACCUUCACCAGCCACACACAAACCUUCCGAAGACAAAUUCCAGUGAGCGACGCAUUUGUGGGAUAAAAAAAUCUCAGUAGCCGUGUCAUUCCCGUCCGUUGCACUUUCCAUUGGCGGAGGGGGCAAAUCUUGAUUCAGGCGGCACAUCGUGUGUUUGAUCUGUUCAUUGACAUGAUCUUAUCUCCUCCAUCUCUUGGCUUUUAUAUCAAGGUUCCUAUUUGCUGUUGAAAUCUCAGAAGAAAUUUAUGGAAGGUUUGUCUAUCAUUUCCAAUUUAUAUUCGCAGGUUAGUCUUCCCCAAAACUGACAAUUUCUGCAAUUAUUUUGGGCUGCUUUGGUGGUGAGACUGAAGGCAGUAUUCCAUUUUCGCCAAGCAAAGCCAGCGCUACCUGUUUCUGAAUUGCAUCGGGGAGGGGCGAGUGGCAAGAUAUAUUGCCUUAGGAAGCAGAGAACUUCUGUGGCUUUUCCGGAAGGAUUUGCUGCAUGAGUUGCUUUUAUUUACAUAUAGUUUGUGUGAACAAGUCAGUCUAAUAAUCCCAAUAUGGUGACCAAUAGCAUGCUAAUUUCUUGCAGGAUCAGCUGAAACAGCAAGGCUUGGGCAAG